CAUUUCCGGAUUCCUUUCGUCUUAGCUAUUUCUUUAAAUCUUGUCGCUUUGUGUUUCUGAAGCCAUUGUCGAUUUUCGCCGUCUGGUUUAGUUUCAUUUCACCUCACAAGGGAGCUUAAUUUUUAUUUUUUUGUCUGAAGCAAAAUAUCCCGAUCGAGUAGUAUUAGAGAGAGAGAGAGAGAGAGAGAGAGAGAGAGAGAGAGAGGGAGAGAUGGUGUCAGAAGUUGUUCUAAAGAACUCGAAUCAGAAGCUGUUAUCUGCUGUUGUUCUCUUCUUUCUUUUACUGAAUUGCUUCGGAGGGUUCAGAUCUCAAGCGCAAGUCUUACCGGAGGUCGAAGUGAAGGCUCUUAAGCAAAUAUCAGCCAAAUUAAAUAACAAAUAUUGGAACAUUAGCACAACUUCUUGCAGUAGUGGAGGUUUCAACAAGACCAAUGGUCCUGCUAUUCUCAGCAAUGUCAUCUGCAACUGUUCUUUCAACAGCUUCACCGUUUGCCACAUCACAAAUGUUCAGCUGAAGGGUCUGAACCUGACUGGAGUUCUUCCUGAGGAAUUUGGGGAUCUUCCAUAUUUGACAGAGAUAGAUUUUAGCCGAAACUAUGUCAGUGGGUCCAUUCCUGCGAGUUGGGCUCGGUGCCCUCUCAUCACCAUAUCCCUUCUGGGAAACCGCAUUAGUGGAUCAAUUCCAGCGGCAAUUGGUAGCAUUAAAACGCUGGAGGAGCUGGUGUUGGAAGAUAAUCAGCUUGGAGGAACCCUUCCUUCAGAGCUUGGUAAUUUAAGUCAGUUGAGGAGAUUUGUUGUUUCAGCAAACAAUUUCACGGGCCCAAUACCAGAAACAUUUGGAAACCUAAGGAGCUUGACAGAAUUUAGGAUAGAUGGAAAUGGUAUAUCUGGGAAAAUGCCUAAUUUCAUUGGGAACUGGACCAAACUUAAAAGCCUUGACAUGCAAGGUACAUCCUUAGAGGGCCCUAUUCCUUCUACAAUCUCCCUCUUGAAAAACUUAACUGAACUGAGGGUGACUGACUUGAUUGGAUCGAAUAUGAGUUUUCCUGACCUCCAUGGCAUGAAAUUCAUGAUUGAAUUGAUACUCAGAAAUUGCAUGAUUGUGGGCCAAAUCCCCAACUACAUUGGAGAAGAGAUGACUAGUAUUAAAAAGAUAGACUUGUCCUUCAACAGAUUGACCGGUGAAAUUCCUAGACUUCAGAGCUUGUCAUCGCUACAAUACCUGUAUCUCAAUAACAACUCACUAACUGGAUUAGUGCCAGCUUGGGUCAUGGACAACAAAAAUUAUAUAGACAUUUCUUACAAUAAUUUCACUGGAUACUCUACACAGCCCAGCUGUGAGAGCCAACAUCAAGUGAAAACAAUUUCCAGUAGUUAUUCAUCUUAUGGGGACAACUUAGUCAAUUGGUGCUUGAAGAAGGACCUACCCUGUUCUAGCACGCCCAAGUAUCAUUCCUUGUUCAUUAAUUGUGGUGGGCCAUUGUUGGAUUUUAAUGGGAAGGAAUAUGAAGAUGACUCAGCACAAAUGGGUCCAUCAGACUUCAUCCAAUAUGGUGAAAGAUGGGGAUGUAGCACUACAGGAAACUACCUCUACAAUGACAAAGUUCAAUUCAUUACCCAAGCAAAUCCUGUGCUGAACAUGAGCAGUUCAUCAAUAUACAGCACAGCUCGCCUUUCCCCUCUAUCUCUCAGGUACUAUGGGUUCUGCUUACGUAAAGGAAGUUAUAAAGUGAAGCUCCAUUUUGCUGAAAUUAUGUAUACAGAUGACCAGACAUUUAACAGUGUUGGCGAGCGCAGAUUUGACAUAUCAAUUCAAGGUGAAAUGCGAUUGAAGGAUUUUAAUAUUGCCAAAGAGGCUAAUGGUACUGGUAAAAGCAUUGUUAAGGAAUUUGAUGCCAUUGUUAAUGGAAGCACAUUGGAGAUUCACUUGUACUGGUCAGGAAAGGGAACUACUUUUGUCCCAGACAGAGGUGUAUAUGGACCCCUUAUAUCAGCUAUUGGAGUGACACCCAACUUUGAUCCUGAUACUGGGCUAUCUGUUGGAGCUAUUGUUGGCAUCAUAGCUGCAGGGUGCAUGAUUAUUGUAUUGAUAUUGGUAUUCCUUUGGAUGAAAGGUUACCUGGGUGGAAAGGACCUUGAGGACCAAGAACUUAGACACCUUAAGCUUCAGAAAGGUUAUUUCAGUUUAAAACAAAUCAAAGCUGCAACUGGGAAUUUUGACCGUGCAAAUAAGAUAGGUGAAGGUGGCUUUGGGCCAGUUUACAAGGGUGUACUGUCAGAUGGCACUGUAAUUGCUGUCAAGCAGCUCUCCUCUAAGUCAAAGCAAGGGAACCGUGAAUUCAUAAAUGAGAUAAGCAUGAUAUCCGCUUUACAACACCCAAACCUCGUGAAGCUUUUUGGGUGUUGUAUUGAAGGAAACCAGCUAUUACUGAUUUAUGAAUACAUGGAAAAUAAUAGUCUUGCACGUGCUCUAUUUGGAAGAGAGGAACAACGACUGAACUUGGACUGGCCAACAAGGUGUAAGAUUUGCAUGGGGAUAGCAAGGGGUCUAGCUUAUAUGCACGAAGAGUCAGGGCUGAAGAUUGUCCACAGAGACAUAAAAGCGACGAAUGUGCUCCUUGAUAGGGAUCUUAAUGCUAAAAUAUCUGACUUUGGCUUAGCUAAACUUGAUGAAGAGGAAAACACCCAUAUCAGCACCCGUGUAGCUGGAACUAUAGGAUAUAUGGCUCCUGAAUAUGCAAUGAGGGGUUAUUUGACCGAUAAGGCAGAUGUUUACAGCUUUGGAGUUGUCUUGUUAGAGAUUGUCGGUGGAAAGAGCAAUACAAGUUUUCAGCCACAGGAGGAUUUUAUUCAACUUCUUGAUUGGGCUUAUCUUUUACAAGGGCAGGGAAAUCUCCUAAAGCUUGUUGAUCCUGUCCUCGAAUCAAACUAUUCUGAAGAAGAGGCAUUGAGGAUGCUGAACUUGGCACUCAUAUGCACCAAUCCAUCUCCUUCUCUCAGGCCAGCUAUGUCUGAUGUGGUGAAUAUGCUUGAAGGCAAAAUGCCAGUACAAGCAUCACGAAUCAAACCAGGCUCAGAAAAUGAACGGAUGAGGUUUAAGGCUUUUGAGAAGCUCUCACGCGAUAGCCAAUCAAACACCUCAAUCACAUCUCAAGAAAGUCAGGUUCAAAAAAGCGUAUUGAUGUUGGAUUCCUCUGUGUCUCUCCAUGGCAAAGAAGAUAGUAGAGACCAUUUUGAGGGAUGCAUCAAAAGUUCAGAACUUCUGUCUGAUACCAAUUGAGUAUAACAAUCAGAUAAACUUCUGCCAUAACAAUGACUAAACAGAAUGUAAGGGAGAAACAGGAUUUAUGUAACUGACCCCAUAGAGUUGGGAUACGGCAUGGGUGAGGACGAUGUUUCCAAUAAAUUAUAAUCAAUUUUUUGUACUAGUGUACAACCAUGUAUUUCUGAAUUUUUUCAUGUAAACGUUUUUUAAUCAGAUAAAUGUACUUCAGUUAUCAGAGUCAAAA